AUGGCUUUUGUCAGUGCACUGUUAAUGCUGCUGCCUGUUGCAUGGUCAUGCAUUCCCCAAAAAGCAGAUUACGUUAUGGUGUCAUGUUUCCCUAAUGCCAUAAUUGCCAACGUCCCAGAGUGUCCUUACGGCUGGGAGAUUGAACACUUGUCUCUCGGUGGAGUCUGUUACAAUGGAAUACACAGCCCAGGUUACUACCGCUUCAUCAUCCCAGAUCUCACACCCAAAAAUCACUCAUACUGUGGGACUCAGUCUGAGUACAUUCCCGGCAAAGACCCCAAAUACAUCUUCUACAACUCCAUUGUGUCCAACGAUACUUCACUGACAGUCAGAAACCAGCCUGUGAACUACACCUUCAGCUGCACGUACCGAGCAGCCUAUCUGGUUAAUAAUGCGGUCUUUAGCCAAAGAGUGGCUACAGUUUAUGUCAACAAUGGGAGUUUAGGCACUUUUAGAUCACAGUUGUCUAUGAAUGUGUUCACGAAUUCAAAGUUCCUGUAUGCCAAGGACGCUCCCUAUGUGAUUGAUACCUCUGAGAUCGGCUCUGAAGUAUUCAUUGGCAUCGAGGCAAAAGGUCUAAGUAACAGAUUCAAAGUUGUGAUAAACAACUGCUGGGCAACUCCUUCACCUUACUCCACAGACAGGAAAAGGUGGAGCCUCAUCAUUAAGAGCUGCUCCUCUGACAACACUGUGACUAUUUUUGAGAACGCCAAAGACAGCCGCUCCAUGUUCAAGUUCAACUCUUUCCGCUUCCAGCGGCAGGAGAAGGUGUCCACUGUUUGGCUUCACUGUGAGGUCCAGGUCUGUGAUGGAGAAAGGAUCACCUGUCAGCCAAGCCCCUGCUCUGUGAGGAGUUUGCCAUCAGACGUAGACCCAAAUGGGGGGAUCCUUACUGCUGAAUUUCACAUUAAAGGCGUCUCAGUGCUCAUCCUGUUUGUGGUCCUGAUAAACACAUGUUAUGAUUUCAUCAAUGGAUCAAGAAUUUUAUAA